UCUUUCAAGGAUAUCAUAAUUAAGUCAAGGCUUUCAACGUUUUAACUGCUUGGUAAGAAAGUCAGCCAGCUGUUGAAAAAAAAAAUCUUUAAUUCUACGGAUUACACUCUCUAAAAUACUUCAGUAUCUUAGAGACAUGUCAGUGGUUGUCACAGAGGAGGUGCCGGGUUUAAAGCCCAUGCAAGUUAUUUCUCAAGACUCCAUUCCUGGUGAUCCAUCUCCAAGUGCUGGAAGCACUUUUCCUUUUUUACAUGCAGAACUCACCAGUGACUUCAAUGAGCCAAUCCGCAAGUUAAAUAAGUUCAACAGAGGACAGCCACAGUCUCUAGGGAUUGUUGAAAUCAUGAUUGGACUAGUAAAUAUUGUGUUUGGCUUCAUAUUUUCAUUUCCUUUGACAUAUGCCAAUGGCACUCCAUUCUGGACAUCUGCAAUGUAUAUCAUUUCAGGUUCUCUCUGUAUUAUUGCUGACAAGAAUCCUGGUGUGAUUAUUGCAGCCUUAACCGGCAACAUUGUCACCGCAGUUAUAAGUGGAAGUACCAUCUAUAUAUAUUUGUUUGAUUCAUCUUUUCGAUUUUCAUACUUUUACAAAAUUUCUGACUGUCAGAAAUUAAUAGACUUGUUAAUGAGUACAGAAAAUGGAAUCAAAGUUGUUUUGCUAGUUUCAGCAGUCCUAGAAUUUUGUGUUUCCACCUACAUUGGAGCCUUUGGAUUGAAAGCUGUUUGUGGUAUAAAGUCUAAGUGUGUUGUCAAGCCAUGUUUUGAAGAGGCAAGACCACUUCAGGUGCCUUCAGCCCAAACAGUCUAGAAGACUUUCCAUGUGCUGAAGUCUGCACUGAAGCUGUAUCACUUCUAUUCCGUUCAACAUUAAAGCUGGCUUAUAUCAUAGCAAAUAAGACAGCUGACAUAAGCAAGACCUCAAAUUUUGGAAUUUCUGAGACAGGAAGCCACAUGAUAAUAAAGUGCUAGUAAAUGCUAAGCAUUGGUUUUUUAAACUUAUACUGAAGUGCUGUUCACUCCAUUCUUUCUAUGUUGUUCAUUAUAAAUGUAUGAAUGAAACUUUCUAUUUCAAGAAAUCUGUGUCAAGUGAAUUUAAAAUG